AUGAGUGCUCCAGCCUACGAGCAGCAGGGCACCAGCUCUGGCAAGGCCCCGGUUGCUGAACCCACCGGUCAGGACUUCUUCAACAACAACAACCUCAGCGCCGAUGAUGAAAGACCCAGGCCUACUGAUGGCGCCACCUCGAGCGACGCUGGUGGCAUCAACGGCGGGUUUCAGCCCACCCAUAAAAUGACGGUGAAGCCUCCCGCCAAGGAGGACCUCCAACGCAGCUAUGCUACCGUUGUGGAGGAGAAUGCCAACCCCAAGGGCUGGUACGGCACCAUGAUCAACACCGCCGGUGCUAUCAUUGGUACCAUUGGCGCUAUUCCAUGCUGCAUCAUCUGCCCCAACCCUUACAAGAGUGUCAAUCAGGGCAACGUUGGCCUCGUCACCAAGUUCGGCAAGUUUUACCAGGCUGUUGAUCCUGGUCUUGUCAAGAUCAACCCUCUCAGUGAGCGCCUGAUUCAGGUCGACGUCAAGAUCCAGAUUGCCGAGGUUCCCCAGCAGACUUGCAUGACCAAGGACAAUGUGACUCUCCACCUGACAUCUGUCAUUUAUUACCACAUUGUUGCGCCCCACAAGGCCGCCUUUGGUAUCUCAAAUGUUCGCCAGGCUCUCAUCGAACGCACCCAAACUACGCUUCGACACGUCAUUGGCGCGCGCAUUCUUCAAGACGUCAUUGAGCGCCGCGAGGAAAUCGCCCAGUCUAUUGGCGAGAUCAUCGAGGACGUCGCGGCUGGCUGGGGUGUGCAAGUUGAAAGCAUGCUCAUCAAAGACAUAAUUUUCAGCCAGGAACUGCAAGAGUCGCUGUCCAUGGCUGCCCAGAGCAAGCGUAUUGGUGAAAGCAAGAUCAUAGCCGCCAAGGCCGAGGUCGAAGCUGCCAAGCUCAUGCGACAGGCUGCCGACAUUCUAUCGUCUGCACCCGCCAUGCAGAUCCGCUACCUCGAGGCUAUGCAGGCAAUGGCCAAGUCUGCCAACAGCAAGGUUAUCUUCUUGCCUGGUGCUAGCCAGGGCAUGCCUUCUUUGAACAACGCGCACAUCACAGAUGGCAAUGGCGAGUCCAGCAACAAGAAUGAUAUCACCGGCAGCGACUUCGGAGGUGGGAACCCCGGUUUUCAACAAGCGCUGAACUCCCGCGUUAUCGAGAACCUUUAA